AUGAGUCUGACUCCCAGAUACCUAUAGGACUUCGCACCCCUCCCCGCAUACGAGGGUGAAGAAACCGACUCCGAGCAUGACGCCAAUAGUGAGGGCGUGUACUCGGACGAAGAAGAGGAGAAGAUAUGUGGGAUGUGUGGUGGUUGCUCCAGACACCGUGAUAUCGUUCAAAAUAUCACGGCGUGUACCAUGGAGUGCCAGCGGAGUACAAUCGAGGACGGAAAAAAACUGGCCCAAGUACUUGGAGUACUGGAGGGCCUCCAGCGGACCCGAGAGGUGUUGCUCAAAAGGUCCACCGAUCUGACGUACUUAUGGAUGAUAACAUGCCUGAUUAUUCAAAUCUGUCUCCCGAAGAUUUUCAUCGCACGAUGGUCCAGACCCUAA